UCUCCUUUUCAAUUGCCCGCCUCUCUCCCUAUCUUAGUCAUAGAUCUAGGCCUUUUGCUUAUCCUGCGCACAUCACAUGGCGCACGUUAUUCAGCUCCCCUGCGAUGGAGAUGGCUUCUGCAUGCGCUGCAAGGCGAAGCCAGCUACUGAAGAAACUCUCAGUUGCUCCACGUGCGCCACUCCCUGGCACGUGAUUUGUCUUUCUUCCCCGCCGGAAACUCUGGCCUCCACUCUCCAAUGGGAGUGUCCGGACUGCUCGGGUGAACCCACUGCCCCUGCAGCUGCUGUUGCCGGCAGUGGAAGUGAGUUGUUGGCCGCUAUAAGGGAUAUUGAGGCAGAUGUGACUCUUACUGAGAAGGAGAAGGCGAGGAAGCGGCAGGAAUUGUUAAGUGGGAAGGUGGAGGAGGAAGAUCUGAAGAAGAAAGAGAAGGGGAAAGAGAAGGAGAGUGAGAGUGAUGUGUUGAAUAUUCUUGAUGAGAGUUUUAAGUGUUCUUUUUGUAUGCAGUUGCCCGAAAGACCUGUUACUACACCAUGUGGGCAUAAUUUCUGCCUCAAAUGCUUCCAGAAAUGGAUUGGACAAGGGAAGCUCACCUGUGCAAAAUGUAGGAGCCCAAUUCCCUCAAAAAUGGCCAGUCAGCCACGUAUUAAUUCUAGCCUUGUGUCUGCCAUUCGUAUGGCAAAGUUGUCAAAAACAAUUGUUGCUGGAGGGCUCCCGAAGGUUUUCCAUUUUGUACAUAAUCAGAACAGGCCAGACAAGGCAUUUACUACAGAACGGGCACAGAGGGCUGGUAAGUCCAAUGCUUGCAGUGGGAAGAUAUUUGUCACUGUGCCACCAGAUCAUUUUGGGCCUAUCCCAGCUGAAAAUGACCCUGAGAGAAAUCAAGGUGUCUUGGUUGGGGAGUGUUGGGAAGAUAGAUUGGAAUGUAGGCAGUGGGGUGUACACCUUCCCCAUGUCGCUGGUAUUGCUGGGCAAGCAAACUAUGGUGCACAGUCUGUGGCACUUUCUGGAGGCUACGUAGAUGAUGAAGAUCAUGGGGAAUGGUUCCUCUAUACUGGAAGUGGUGGCAGAGAUCUCAGCGGAAACAAACGAACUAACAAGGAUCAAUCCUUUGACCAAAAGUUUGAGAAAUUUAAUGAAGCUCUUAGAGUGAGUUGCAAAAAUGGCUAUCCUGUCAGAGUUGUGAGAUCCCACAAGGAGAAGCGGUCCUCUUAUGCCCCUGAGAGUGGGGUGCGCUAUGAUGGGGUCUAUAGAAUAGAGAAAUGUUGGCGUAAGGUUGGAAUUCAAGGUUACAAGGUCUGCCGGUACUUAUUUGUUAGAUGUGACAAUGAACCUGCACCGUGGACAAGUGAUGAGCAUGGGGACCGACCUAGGCCUUUGCCUGUUGUAAAAGAGCUGGCCAAGGCAACUGACAAAACAGAGAGAAAGGAAAGUCCAUCAUGGGACUAUGAUGAAGAAGACGGUCGCUGGAAGUGGAAAAAACCUCCACCUCCUAGCCAAAAGCCGGUUGAUACCGGAAAUCCUGAGGACAGGAAGAGGUCACAGAAAGCCAUAAAGAAAGCACAGAGUACAAAUGUGAGGGAGAAGCUUCUAAAAGAGUUCAGUUGUCAAAUCUGUGGCCAAGUGAUGACUCAACCAAUUACAACACCCUGUGCACAUAACUUCUGUAAGUCAUGCUUGGAAGGUGCAUUCACUGGGAAGACGCUUAUGAGAGAGAGAAGUAGAGGUGGACGAACACUACGAGCACAGAAGAAUGUCAUGAAUUGCCCAAAGUGUCCAACAGACAUCUCUGAUUUCCUUCAAGAUCCUAAGGUUAACCGAGAACUGAUGGCUGUGAUUGAGUCACUGCAACGCCAGACUGAAGAGAAUUUGGAUAAUGUAGAGGAAUCAAUUGAGGAUGAGGUGGUUGGCUCCGAGGAGAUUCCUGCUGAAGCUGGAGAGACUGAUUCUGGAAAGACUGCUGCUCAAACUAUUGAGCCUCAGAUGGCCAUUGACCAGAAUAAAAUUGAUCAUGGGGAAAAUCCUGUAAAGAUUGAAGCUGUUGCAAAUAGUUUUGAAAAAACUGGUGUUGGCAGUUCAGAGGAACCUAAAGUUAAUUGCAAGCCCCAGAGGGCCAACAAGAAGAGGAAAAUUCAUCUUGAUGAUAGCUCAGUUGACAAAGAUGAGGGAAAGAAUGAGAUUUCUGUACAGAUGGUUGGGGAUAGAAAUGGAAUUUCCAAAGAAGAUAGCAAAAAAUUGCUGAAGGUGACAGUGUGAACCUGCAAGUCCCUGCAGUGAAGCGUUCUACAAGGGAGAAUGCUGACAGUAGAGUUCAAUCAUUGGAACCUGCUGUUGAGGUUAAGACUAGGAGCAGGAGAGUUCAGGAAGCAACAGCUGAAGGCAAUGACUCACCAUCUAGUCCUCUCAACGUGUGAUCAUCUGAUGAUGAUUUUGAAUGAUAAGCUCUAUCUCAACCUUCUUUUUAGAACUCUACAAAGCUCAUGGUGACUAUUUUUGAACUAUGCAUGUUUUUUUUUUUUUUGAACGGUUGGUUAUUUUGGGAGCAAGACUGGCUUUGUUUUUGGGUGCUCAGCAGCAAGUACUGGGUAAUCCGAAAUCAUUCACCAUGAUUAAUCUACGUAUGUAUUUCAUAAUUUAAGGAGCAAGACUGGCUUCAUUUUUGGGUGCUAAGCAGCAAGUACUGGGUAGUCUGAAAUCAUUCACCAUGAUUAUUUUACCUAUGUAUUUCAUAAUUUAAGGAGCAAGACUGGCUUUAUUUUUGGGUGCUAA